GCGAAAGCCCUGGUGUGUGCGGUGCGCGCGCACGCGGAGAAAGGAGGUGUGAGGCGAGCAACGGACCGAGCGCGCGCGGAGAGAGGCGGCGAGCAACGGACCGAGCGCGCGCGGAGAGAGGCGGCGAGCAACCGAAACAGCAGCGGGAGACAGGCACCCCGCCACCCAGCGGGCCCGGCGCCGCGGAGGAGAAGCGGCCAUCGUCUCCGAGUCGGACAGUCCGUUGGUGCUCUGAAACUGCGUCUUGUUUGGUUGUGUAAUCCGGCGUGGGCCGGCUACUGCCCGUGUUAGGGCCUCCGCCCCUCUGACGCAUCGUUCCCAUUUUGGGUCGUGUUUGUUGUCAUGAGUUGCAGAAAGUGCAUGGCCGGCACCAACCCCAACGCUGCCUCACCCUCUCUGGUGCAGAAGCUGACUUUCGCCGGCAGCGACGAGGAGGACGGGGACGGCGGCAACAGUACGGAGGACUCGGCCUUCCAGGAGUCGCCGGACGCCGAGCGCAAGUACGGCGAGGGCGCGGACAGACACCGCGCCGAGGACGAGGAACUGGAAAUGGUCAACCUGAGUUGGGAGGACGGGUUCGUGAGCAGCCCAUCCCCUCUCAAGACCCAUCGAGAUUACCGGGACCGCCGAGACAUGGAGGAAUCAUCCAGCUCGCCGCUGCGGGAGAGCGGCGAGCGCGAAUUAUGCAGCUCCCCGAUCCGAGAGGCUGGGGACCAGGAGGAAAGUAGUUCCCCCAUCCCGGACUGUCCUGAUACCCCGCCACAUAAAACCUUGAAGAACCUCCGGCUCUUCGACACGCCGCACACCCCUAAGAGUUUGUUAUCCAAAGCAAGAGUUGCAAGUUGCCCGAGUUCCAGCUCAGUAAGACGUCGAGGAGGAGCACUUUUCAGGAAUGUUGAGCAAUCUGAGCGAAUGCAAUAUGAUUACAAGCAUCCAUAUGUCAACAUUAACCCUUUUACACCAGACUCCAUGUACAUCCAUUCUUCAUCUGUGCUUUGCCGAAGAAGGAAAAGGACUUAUUGGGAUGGAGAACUGAUGGAUGGAAGUGAUGGGGAACUUGAUGAUGAAAGUAUCCGGCCAGCAAAGAGAAUGCCAAUUACUGAAAGUAAUAUGAGAUCACGAUACACAACAGAGUUUCAUGAAUUGGAGAAGAUUGGAUCUGGGGAAUUUGGUUCAGUUUUUAAGUGUGUGAAAAGACUCGAUGGUUGCAUUUAUGCCAUUAAACGCUCAAAAAAACCGUUAGCAGGUUCGGUUGAUGAACAGAAUGCUCUAAGGGAAGUCUAUGCACAUGCAGUCCUAGGUCAACACACACAUGUAGUUCGCUAUUAUUCAGCAUGGGCAGAAGAUGACCAUAUGCUCAUUCAAAAUGAAUACUGCAAUGGUGGUAGCCUAUCAGAUGCAAUAGCAGAAAAUUCCAGGAACAGGCAAUAUUUUAAUGAGGCAGAGCUGAGGGACCUGCUACUGCAGGUUGCGCGAGGACUAAAAUAUAUUCAUAGCAUGUCCCUGGUGCACAUGGAUAUAAAGCCAAGUAACAUAUUUAUAUCCAAAAAAUUUGUCACUAAUUCUGCAGCAGAGGAGACGGAUGAUGAUGACUGCAUAUUAUCAACAAACAUUGCAUACAAAAUAGGUGACCUGGGACAUGUUACUCGUGUAUCCAAUCCUCAUGUGGAAGAGGGAGAUAGUCGAUACCUGGCCAAUGAAGUAUUGCAAGAGGAUUAUAAACAUUUGCUCAAAGCAGAUAUUUUCGCUCUUGCUCUCACUGUUAUAUCUGCUGCUGGUGCAGAGCCAUUGCCAAGAAAUGGUGAAAAAUGGCAUGAGAUUCGACGAGGAAAACUUCCAACAAUUCCGCAAACACACUCUCAGGAGUUUUUGGAUUUGUUGAAACUGAUGCUUCAUCCAGAUCCAGAAAAACGGCCCACUGCAGGAGCUUUAAUCAGGCAUUCUGUGCUGCUCCCAACUGCAAGGAAAAGUGCAGAUCAACUUCGGUUAGAACUGAAUGCAGAAAAAUUCAAAAAUGCACUUUUGCAAAAAGAAUUGAAGAAGGCACAGAUGGCAAAAGCAGCAGCGGAAGAGCGAGUAUUGUUCACAGACCGAAUGACAACUAGGUCUACAGUGCAAAGUAACAGAAAUACUAGGAUCAUUGGGAAAAAAAUCAAUCGUUCUGUCAGCCUUACUAUAUACUGAAAUUGUGCAGGUGGUUGAACCAAAUUUUUUUUUAAAAAAGAGGUUGGAGGUGUUUUGCAAGUUCUUGGCCAUUUAGUAACCCCACAACUCCAUUGAGGAUACUCUUACCUGCAAAAUAUGUAGCAUUUCUGCUGCUUAUGGAGUCUUAAUUUUUUUACUUUUCAAUUUUAGUGUGCCUUUUGAAUAAAGAGGACAAAGGUUGAUCAAAGAAGAUAUUGGGACAUUUUACUAAUUGGCUAAUACACCAUCAAUUCUAUUUGGGUUAGAUUUAAAACCCAUAUUUUGUACAUCAAGAGGAUGUACCUGAACCAUGUUAUACAUUGUACUGGGAGCACUUUGUAGGCAUUGGAGAUCCAUGGCAUGAAUCUAUGGAUGAACUUGUCUUGGGAAAACUGCUGCUAUAUUAGUCAGUGUUGUACACUUGCUGUAAAAAUUGAUUAGCAUUUUAAACAAUCAUCGCUGUAUUAGAAAUGGGCUUUUUAGAAAAUAUUUUUAAUUAUGUGAUUUAAGACAUAACAGUUGUUCACUGUUUACUAAUGUGUUCAAAAGCAGUUUUUGUUUUAUUAAGCUAGUGCAUUGUAGGGAAACAUUGCACCUUGUGUUUAUUGAAGUGUUUCUAUUUACUGUACUUUAAUGUAAAUUGUGGACUGUCCCUAACUGUCCUGUCCAAUAAACUGUACAUUUUUGAAUGUAA